AUUAUUCCUACAACGUCAUAUUCUUGCACCACUCCGUCGGGUGAUAAACGUUGACAAGACUCAAGCUAGAUUACCUCGGGAACUGUCGCUGGAUUAUUCUCAAUACAACGUCUCGAUCUCUCACUGUGCCCUGAACAGGAAUUUGAUAAUGGACGCCAAAUCUUCUUCCAAUUCCUCAGUUCGAUAUGAGGAUUACGCGGACAUCGAAGCACCACCUUCUUACAACGACACCAUCUCCUCUUUUCCUGUCUCCAGUACCUCAUCAUCGCCUUCUGCCUAUUACAGCUCCCAAAUAUCCUCCCAACUGCAAACACUCACCACCCAAAUCUCCUCGUUAGAAUCGCAAAAAUCUCUCCUCGCUCAUGCCCAAGAUGAGAAGAUCUUAUCUUGUCUGACCACGCAUAUCCAAACCUAUCUCUCGGACUUCGCUUCCACGGGUCUUAGAAGGGGGACCCUGAUUUUGGUUCCAGCGAGCGGAUUGAAAAGUACAAAUGCCGUACCAACAGAUUACGAUUUCAAGGACCCGGAGGAGUAUGAUAGAGUUGUGCGAAUGAGGGGGAAAGAGGAUGGUUCCGGGGACGGGAGUUAGUUCUGGCAGGAUGAGGAGAUGGCAGAGCGACUUGCGAGUUAUUUAAACCCAAGAUCCGAUCCAAGGAAUCGGGAAUUACCGCACCAAAGAGAAGAUAUCAAGGCGUUAGAGAAGAAGAAAAACGAGGGAAGAGGGUUCUAAGGGUUCAAGAAGACCGCCCCGAAGCCGCCUUUGAUCGAAGAGAGGAGAGACGAGAAGAGUUCGGAUAUCAAAGGGGGUGAGAGGGAAAAGGAGAAUGGCGAUAAGGUCACUUUUGACGUUAAGUCUGAGGAGGUCUGUUUUCGAACAGAGAACGAGUUUGGGAUUUACGAGACUGAAAGAAGCUUCGGCAUCGUGCUGAAUUUGAGAGUAGUGCUGGGUAGAAGAUA